UUUUCAAUGAAUCACUUAAACCUGUUUGCAAAACCGGUCUGAAUACUUUGAUUUUAAAUUGGACUAAAUAAUUCGUGAUUUGUAUAAGAAUCGGUGACUGAACUGGUCUGAUGUUCGUUUCCACAAAGACAACGAUACCCAACUUUAUAGUCUAAAGUCUUUUUGAACUCUUUUGGUAAUGACGAAACUUGCGACGCAGCGACAGUAGCCAACUGUUAGUUGCUUUUAGGAAACGCACCCCUGAGCAGUCAGCUGAUUUAUUUAAGACAACCCCGUUUAUAUCGGACCUGUCAGAUUCAUUAUGAACAAACUAACCACGAAGAACCGUCUCUGUCGAACCAGUCCGAUUUGCAGUGAUUCGAGUGAGUCUUAUGCGAUAUUUUGUCAACUCUCCCUCUCUCUCUCUCUCUCUCUCUCUCUCUCUCACACACACACACACACACACACACACACACACACACACAGACUGACACACAGUUUGUUCUGAAACGUAGAGAAGACCUAUUCGAAUCCUGAAGAUCUAUUAUUUAUUGAGCAGAAUUAUCAAACUGACCAAAAAAAAAAAAACGAAAUUACACCUUGGUUAAUGACAAAUAAUCGAAAAAAAUAAUGAAAAACAAAAAUAUGUGAACACAUAACUUCAUUAAGGAUUGGAACCUGAAACUUUUGGAGCAUGAACAGCAGGUUUUAUUUUUCAACCUUUUCUUUGAAGAGACCAGUUCAAAAGAACCGAUUCCUAAAAAUGAAUCUGAAGUCUUUCCUCCACGACGCCAGAGUGCGCACUUGCGUGCAUAAUCAGUAUCACACUGACAUUUCUUCUACGAUGUCAGAGUUCAGGCCGCACUGACUACAACGUGCGUGUGUUGUGAAUGUGUAUACUGCAAAUGAUCAUUUACAUCAUAUAAAAAGACACAAAACACGACAAGAUCUCAUCUUGUUGAAAGCAUCUACCCUAAAAUGAGAAACCUCAGUCUGCUGCAGCGCUUCAGGUGUGUGGAUCUUUCUGUCCCGGGAUCCCCGCAGUGCUUGACCAUCAGGAGCGAGACCGGGACCGUGCUGGUGGCCUCUGAGCUUGCCAUCACAGAGUUUGACCCUCAGACCGAAGAGGUUUAUAAAGAGGUUUCGCUGACGGCAGAUGACUAUCUCCCAGAGGAUGGUAGUGGGGUUGUGGUGGCGAUACAAGAUCUGCCAGAUCAGGAGUCAGUGUGUGUGGCCACUGCCAGUGGUGAUGUCAUUCUCUACAACCUCAACACCAGUCAGUUAGAAUGUGUUGGCAGUGUGGAAAGCGGUCUGACUGGCAUGACGUGGAGCCCGGAUCAAGAGCUGGUUACUCUGACCACAGGUCAGGACACCGUUAUCAUGAUGACCAAGGACUUUGAGCCAAUAACUGAGGUUGCAAUCAAUCAGGAUGACUUUGGUGAAGAUAAGUUCAUCACAGUCGGUUGGGGGAAGAAGGAGACUCAGUUUCAUGGCUCUGAGGGCAAGCAGGCCGCCCAGCGGAAAGCAGCGGAAGUGCAGCCUGCCCUGCCAUGGGACGACAGGAAGCCAAGAAUCACUUGGCGUGGAGAUGGGCAAUUUUUUGCUGUCAGUGCUGUUUGUCCUCAGACUGGUGCUCGAAAGGUUCGAAUCUGGAACCGAGAAUGUGUCUUGCAGGCCACCAGCGAGGUUGUUAACGGUCUGGAACAGCCUCUCUGCUGGAAACCCUCUGGAAGCCUGAUCGCUUCCACGCAGCGGCACCCUAACAAACACAGUGUGGUGUUUAUGGAAAAGAACGGACUGAUGCAUGGAGAUUUUACUCUUCCUUUUGGAAAGGAGCAGGUCAAGGUAAAGGAGCUGCUGUGGAACAGUGACUCUACUGUACUGGCUGUUUGGAUGGAGGACUUGAAGCCCGGAGAGAACGACUAUCUCAACACAUACAUUCAGCUGUGGACAGUUGGGAAUUACCACUGGUAUCUAAAGCAGAGUUUGCACUUUGGCAUUGAGCCCCUCAAGGCUCCGGUCUGUGUGUGUUGGGAUCCUGAGAAGCCCUUGCGUCUCCAUCUCCUGACUCGAGGAUGGGCCAGCUACACCUACGACUGGGGCUGGAGCACGCAACGUAGCCAUGGCAACGAUUGCCAUGACAACGCCAAUGUGGCAGUGAUUGAUGGAGAUAAAAUCCUGGUGACAACAUUCCGCCAGUGUGUGAUCCCUCCACCUAUGUGUGCCUUUGAACUUCAACUUCCAGUUCCUGUUAACUUGGUCACCUUCCAUUCUCAAGCCCAGAGGACCAAUGAGCUCGCUGCUCUCACAGCUGAUGGCCAUAUCUAUGUAUACGGUCAAGGUGGUGGAGUUGAAAAUGGAGGUGCACCCGCCGGGAUACCUGGCUCUAAAGUCGUCUCAACACCAUUAGUCUUAAGAAAGACAUACAGGGUCUCCAUUGAUCAGGAGGAACCUCUGACGCUGCGCUUGCUGUUGUGGUUGAGUGAGGAUUUGUUUUUGGCUGUGACCCACGGAAGAUCAUUGACCCGCCUGCUGAAGCUCACCCCACCGGACAGCCAGGACCCCAAGGACACGCUGGAGAUCAGGUCAGACGUUUCAGUGGAUGGUUUUGUGAUCAGCUUGUGUCACAGCCUCAGAAAUGGCACUGUGGCUCUGCAACUUGACGACGGACAGAUCCGGAAAGUUCAAAUGGACUCUUCAGAGCUCAGUCUAACAGAAUGGAAGGAUUCUACUGGCAAUACCAUCAACUUCCCCCGGCCUUGUGUUCAGACGGCACUAUGUACCCUCAGCGGAGAGGAACAUUUGAUAGGCCUCACAGAGAGAUCACACCUCUACAUCGGUGACUCACUGGUGGCCUCCAAUAUCUCCUCUUUUAUAGUUUAUGAUGACUUCCUUUUGCUCACCACACACUCUCACAUGUGCCACUGUCUCAACCUCAGCACACUCUCUAUUAAAGGUCUGCAGUCAGCUCUGAGCUCAGAUGCUAAUCAGAAUGAUGAGACUGUACGCAAGGUGGAGCGAGGCUCUCGUCUCGUUUCUGUGGUUCCCCAGGACACAAGACUUAUCCUGCAGAUGCCACGAGGGAAUCUAGAAACCGUCCAUCAUCGAGCUCUCGUACUUGCUCAGCUCAGAAAGUGGCUUGAUAGGCUCAGAUUUAAAGAUGCUUUCGAGUGCAUGAGGAAGUUGAGGAUCAACCUCAACCUCAUUUAUGACCACAAUCCAACUGUGUUUCUUGACAACGUUGAGAUGUUCCUGAAACAGAUCGACUCCAUCAACUACAUCAACCUGUUCCUCACUGAGCUUAAAGAGGAAGACACCACUACAACAAUGUACCCUUGUCCUUCAAGCUCAGCCUCCAGUUCUGCCUCAGGGAAAGGAGGGAAGAAGGUGGACAUCAUCUGUGAUGCCUUACGGUCAACAAUGGAGACUCUCGACCCGCAGAAGUAUUGUUUGUGUAUUCUGACAUCACACGUGAGAAAAACGACACCAGAACUGGAAAUCGCUCUACAGAAGGUCCAUGAGUUGAGAGUCAACCCAGCCAGCGGCAGCAGCAGUGUGAGCGCAGAGGAAGCUCUGAAGUAUCUUCUCUUCCUCGUCAACGUGAAUGAGCUGUAUGAACACUCCCUCGGCACCUACGAUUUUGACCUAGUGCUCAUGGUGGCUGAAAAAUCUCAGAAGGACCCUAAAGAGUACCUGCCGUUUCUGAACAUGCUGAAAACCCUGGAGCCGAACUUCCAGCGCUACACCAUCGAUAAACACCUCAAGAGAUACAGGAAGGCCUUACAUCACCUCAGCAAGUGUGGUGAAGAACACUUCACAGAGUUGUUGUCCUUGGUGAAGGAUCAGAGACUGUACAGUGAGGCUCUUGAGCUCUAUCCUUCAGACAGUGAGCAAUACAAGACCCUGAGCGUGGCCUAUGCAGAGCAUCUAGUGGAGCAGCAGCAGGCGGAGCAGGCGGGACUGUUGCUGUGGAGAUGUGGAGAGAACGCCCGUGCCCUGCAGGCCUUCAUCAGCUGUACGAGCUGGAGAAACGCCCUCGCUGUGGCCACACACAUCCCAUUACCACCUGAACAGCUGCCACUGCUCGCCCGAGACCUGGCAGAGAAACUUCUGGAGGCCAGAAGGCAUGUAGAAGCCGCUCUGUGUUUGGAGCAGUAUGCUAAGGAUUGUGAGGAGGCCAUCUCUGCUCUGAUACAGGGAGCUGCAUGGGAAGAAGCGCUCCGAUUGAUUUAUCUGUACAACAGACAAGACAUCAUUGAGACUAAUCUGAAGUCUGCACUUCUAGAUGCUCACAGUAAUCAGACGUCUUUCUUGGAGUCCCAGAAGGCUUUGUUCAUCCGUCACAAAAACCGCCUUGCUGUGGUCCGAGAACUCAAAGCCAAGGCCAGACUGGAGUUAUUUGAUGAGGACGGCCCCGACUGUGCAGACGCUGAGCUCUACUCAGAGGCCAGCAGCGUCUUGACCGGCAGCAAUCUUGGCUCAAAAUACUCGCGCAGCAACUCGCGCAUUUCAUCGAGGUCGUCUAAGAAUCGGAGGAAAGCGGAGGGAAAGAAACACAGUCUGAAGGAAGGAAGCCCAUUUGAGGACAUUGCCCUCCUGAACGCACUUAUUCAAAUCAUCACCACUGUUGAUAAGAUGAGAGAGGAAGUUCACAGCCUGCUGAAGGCUCUGGUGCUCUUCCAGUCUGACGGUCUGGCCAGCAGCCUGCAGAGAGACUACAGUGAGCUGCUCCAGCUCAUGGAAACGGCCCUUCCAGAGAUCUGGACUGAGAACCUGCAGCAGGGCCAAACUCCACUCACAGGUCCAAACUCAACAGCCAAUAGCAUUAUGGCAUCAUUUCAACAUCAGCGACCCGCUGCGCCUCAUCAAGACACAGAAGCCCCGACUGCUCCAAAAUUGAGGAACAUGGUCAAGUGGAAACUCAGCAUUAUUAAAUAGUUUGCAUGUGUCUUCAGGCUUUUUUUGUGUGUGAAUUGUUUUUGCAAAUGUCUAUUUUAUGGGAUAUUAUGGAAGAAUUAAAAAUUAUGAAAUAUU